AUGGCCUCCGUGGAUCUCCAUCGGAGAGACGCUGUGUUACUGACGGCGAUGUUGUCGACGGAAACUGCCAAUGUCGCAAUGAAUACUCUGUUUAAAGCGGCAACAUCUAAAGGCCUUAACUCUUAUACCUUCCUCGUCUAUUCUUAUCUCAUUGGCUCCCUUCUUCUUCUUCUUCCUUCUCAUCAGUUCUUCUCUAACAGGUCAAGAUCACUUCCUCCACUAAGUUUUUCAAUACUUUGUAAAAUAGGACUUCUUGGGCUACUAGGAUCUACGUACCAGAUCACUGGAUUCAUUGGCAUCGUAUACAGCAACCCAACAUUAUCUUCCGCCAUUAGCAACAUCAAUCCUGCUAUUACCUUCAUCCUUGCUGUUAUCUUCAGAAUGGAGAAAGCAUCUCUCAAAGAAAGGAGCAGUGUAGCCAAAAUGCUGGGAACAUUAGUGUCACUAAUUGGCGCACUUGUGGUGGUUCUCUACCACGGUCCACGUGUCUUCACCGAAUCUUCUCCGCCACAUCCACAACUCCGUCAGCUUUCUCCGCCGUUUUCAUCAUCAAACUCUGAUUGGAUCAUCGGUGGAUCUCUUCUAGCCAUCAAAGACACUCUGGUUUCUGUUGCUUUCAUCCUCCAGGCACACAUAAUGAAUGAAUAUCCAGCACCAUUGACGGUCUCUUUCAUCUAUUUUUCAUUUUCAUCAAUCUUGAUCUCGUGUAUCGGAUUCAUAGCAGAAAAGAACAAUCCGAGCAUGUGGAUCCUUCGGUUUGAUAUUACGUUGCUUUGCAUAUUAUUUGGGGGAAUAUUUAAUCCAGCGUACUACGCGAUUCAUUUGUGGGCAGUGCGUAAUAAAGGACCUGUUUACUUAGCAAUAUUUAGGCCUCUAUCGAUAUUAAUAGCAGUGAUCAUGGGAGCGAUUUUUCUUGGAGAUUUUCUUUACCUCGGCAGUUUGGUCGGAGGCAUUUUGAUAUCAUUAGGGUUUUACACUGUGAUGUGGGGGAAAGCAAAAGAAGAGAAGGCAAAAUUGUUGUCACUUUCAGAGGAAGCUCCUCUUCUAAUCAAUAGCAAAGACGACCAAAUUUCAGUUUAA